AUGCUGCAUAGCCACAAUAUGCACUUCCCUCGCUUGCUGAACUGCCGUGCAAUUUGGUUCGUAUCUAUCAUAGCUGUGGUGCAGUGUUUUCAAAACUAUAGAUGUGACAACAAUUAUGUGGUAACAGCCGAGGAGAUUGAAGAAGUCUACAAUAAGGUCGUGCGCUACACAAAUGAUGCCGCUAGAACGGGCAAAUCUCUGAAAGAUGAUGAAUAUAGAGGAAACUUGGCCGAUGUACCAGCACACACCUAUAAUUGGUUCAUAACCUACUCGCUCAACUCCUCGGGAAAUCUGGCGAUGGAUUACUUUCUACUGACGUCUUCCUCGAACGAAAUCGUGGGGGUAAUAAGCACUGCCUUCAGUCCGUUUGUUAAAAAUGAUGACAACUGGUGUACCCCGAUGUCACCGGCUUAA